CGACUUUCAGAGAAGCAUGUCUGCAAGCUCAAGGCUUGUACUGUGUUUGAAAGGCUUACUUUGAAGUUGCUCUGCAUUUUGAUUUGGUAUGUGCAAGAUGUCUUCAACUGUUUGUACUCAAAGCAGCUGAGAAGAACUGGAAUUCAAGAUGAGAACCAACAAGGUGUACAAGCUCGUCAUACAUAAGAAGGGUUUUGGAGGCAGUGAUGAUGAGCUGGUGGUGAAUCCUAAAGUAUUUCUUCAAAUCAAGCUGGGAGAUGUUGUGGAAAUUGCACAUCCCAAUGAUGAAUACAGUCCCCUGCUUCUCCAAGUGAAGUCACUUAAGGAAGAUUUGCAGAAAGAAACUAUAAGUGUGGAUCAGACAGUUGCACAAGUUUUCCGACUGCGGCCAUACCAGGAUGUCCAUGUGAAUGUUGUUGACCCAAAGGAGGUGACCUUGGAUUUGGUGGAGCUGACCUUUAAAGAUCAGUAUAUUGGGCGCGGGGAUAUGUGGCGACUGAAGAAAAGUUUGGUCAGCACAUGUGCAUAUGUCACGCAAAAAGUUGAAUUUGCGGGUAUCAGGGCUCAGGCAGGUGAAUUGUGGGUGAAGAGUGAGAAAGUCACUUGUGGAUACAUCAGUGAGGACACCCGGGUGGUCUUCCGCUCCACUUCUGCCAUGGUUUAUAUUUUUAUCCAGAUGAGCUGUGAAAUGUGGGAUUUUGAUAUUUAUGGGGACCUGUACUUUGAGAAAGCUGUGAAUGGUUUCCUUGCAGACCUCUUCACAAAAUGGAAGGAGAAGAAUUGCAGCCAUGAAGUGACAGUGGUUCUAUUUUCUAGAACGUUUUACGAAGCCAAAUCUAUAGAUGAGUUUCCUGAAACACAUCGUGCAUCGAUUCGGCAGGAUCACGAGGGAAGAUUUUAUGAAGAUUUUUACAAAGUUGUAGUUCAGAAUGAGAGACGAGAAGAGUGGACCUCGUUGCUUGUGACCAUUAAAAAGCUUUUCAUCCAGUAUCCUGUGUUGGUACGACUAGAGCAAGCAGAGGGCUUUCCUCCAGGUUCCAAUUCUACCUCAGCACAAGGGAACUACCUGGAGGCCAUAAAUCUUUCAUUCAAUGUGUUUGACAAGCAUUACAUAAACCGGAACUUUGAUCGGACUGGCCAGAUGUCUGUGGUUAUCACACCAGGUGUGGGUGUAUUUGAAGUCGAUCGACUCCUUAUGAUUCUAACCAAACAGCGGAUGAUAGACAAUGGGAUAGGUGUAGACUUGGUAUGCAUGGGAGAACAACCAUUGCAUGCUGUACCACUCUUUAAGCUCCAUAACCGCUGUGGACCUGGUGACUCCAGACUGGGUGAUGACUACAAUAUUCCGCACUGGAUAAACCACAGUUUCUACACAUCCAAAAGCCAGCUCCUGUGUAACAGCUUCACUCCACGGAUCAAGCUGGCAGGAAGGAAACCGCUGACUGAGAAAGCAAAAAAUAACAGAGAUGCUUCAUUAGGGGCUCCAAAAGAUGCUGAGAAUGCCCUGCCUAUCCAGGUAGACUAUGAUGGUUAUGAUGCCCAGGUGUUCAGACUGCCAGGCCCAUCCAGAGCCCAGCGCUGUACCACUUUCAGCAGGUCUGUGAGGGAGAGAGAAAGUCGUACCAGAAAGAGCUCUAGUUCCUAUGACGUCUCAUGCAGCCCUUCUCUGCAGAGCCGCACGCUGCCGCCAGAGGAGGUGAGGAGCCAGGCUUCUGAUGACAGCUCACUGGGCAAGAUCUCCAACAUCCUAAUGAUCCCACGGCCUCAUCUGCACCAGUGUGAAGUCAGCAGCUCUUUGGGCUACACCAGCACCAGAGAUGUCCUUGAGAACAUGCUGGAGUCUCAGCAGCGUGACUCCAGUGCUCCUGGGAGGUUCCACGUUGGCAGUGCAGAAUCCAUGCUGCACAUUCGGCCGGGGGGAUAUACACCCCAGCGAGCACUGAUAAACCCGUUUGCCCCAUCCCGCAUGCCCAUGAAACUUACAUCUAACAGGAGGCGCUGGAUGCACACUUUCCCUGUGGGUCCAUCAGGAGAAGCUAUCCAGAUCCAUCACCAAACCCGUCAGAAUAUGGCAGAAAUGCAGGGCAACGGGCAGCAGGAUUUGACACAUUCCUCUGCUGAGCUGCUGGAGCUGGCUUACCAUGAGGCAACUGGCAGACAUGUCAGCUCUCGGCAUCCAGGUGACAGUGCCUCUUUCCUGAACUUCAGCGGAACAGAAGAGUACUCUAAUGGUCUGGCUGGCAGCAAUGGUGCAGGAAUGAACCUCAAAGCUCAGAACAAGGAUUCCUUAGAAGAUGCUGUCUCUAACUCUCCAGAUCCAAUUCUGACGCUGUCUGCUCCCCCCGUAGUGCCAGGCUUCUGUUGUACAGUUGGAGUGGACUGGAAAUCCCUCACUACUCCGGCAUGUCUCCCUCUUACCACGGACUACUUCCCUGACCGUCAGAGUCUGCAGAAUGAUUACACUGAGGGUUGCUAUGAUCUCCUCCCAGAAGCUGACAUUGACAGGAGAGAUGAGGAAGGAGUGCAGAUGACAGCCCAACAGGUGUUUGAGGAGUUUAUUUGUCAGCGUCUCAUGCAAGGUUAUCAAAUUAUUGUGCAAUCCAAACCACAGAAACCAGCCACAACUGUGCCACCGCCGCUCAGCAGCAGUCCUCUUUACAGUCGAGGUCUUGUAUCAAGGAAUCGACCUGAGGAAGAAGAUCAGUACUGGCUGAGUAUGGGACGUACUUUCCACAAAGUAACAUUAAAAGACAAAAUAAUUACUGUGACUCGAUACCUGCCAAAGUAUCCAUAUGAAUCUGCUCAGAUAAACUACACUUACAGCUUGUGCCCCUCACACUCUGACUCUGAAUUUGUCUCUUGCUGGGUAGAAUUUUCCCAUGAGAGACUAGAAGAGUACAAAUGGAAUUACUUGGAUCAGUAUAUCUGCUCUGCUGGCUCUGAGGAUUUCAGCCUUAUCGAGUCACUGAAAUUUUGGAGGACCCGCUUUCUGCUUCUGCCUGCCUGCAUCAGUGCCACAAAGCGCAUUAUGGAAGGAGAGGUGCACUGUGAUGUGUACGGGGACAAGCCCCGUUCUGAUGAGGAGGAGUGGCAGCUCCUAGAUGGAUUCAUUCGCUUUGUGGAGGGUUUGAACCGCAUUCGUCGACGCCAUCGAUCUGAUCGAAUGAUUCGAAAAGGGUCUGCCAUGAAAGGCUUGCAGAUUGCUGGUCCAAUUCCCACCCACUCUCUGGAGCAGCCUGGGCCUCCUAUUGGGAAGAAGGGAACCUCAGCACUCUCAGCUCUGCUGCAGAUGGAAGCCAGUCAGAAGACACUGGGGGAGCAGCAAGCAGCAAUGCUUUCUGGGAAGAGCUCUGGGCAGCCUUCAGAGAGUGGGAGCAUUGCUAUCACACCCACCUAUAUGGACAGCCCUCGUAAGGAUGGGGCCUUCUUUAUGGAUUUUGUUCGCAGCCCACGUACAGCUUCAACCUUCUACUCACAGGUCUCCAUAGAUCAGUCAGUUCCUGCAACCUCAGAUGGCAACACGUUAAUAAGCAUGGGGCAGUUACCAGACAGGGGCAACACGCAGGCCUUGGGAAGCUCCCAGAAUGUUGCAGACCAAGGAUAUACUACAACUGGUGCUGCAGAGGGCAGCUCACAGCAGUGUUCAGCAAGCACUCUGACUUCCUCCUCCACCUUGGUAGAGAUUCUCGAAGCCAUGAAACACCCCACCACAGGGAUCCAGCUGCUCUCUGAACAGAAGGGCCUCUCUCCGUACUGUUUCAUCAGUGCAGAAGUUGUACACUGGCUGGUGAAUAACGUGGAAGGUGUGCAAACCCAAGCCAUGGCGAUUGACAUAAUGCAGAAAAUGCUAGAAGAGCAGCUUAUUGUCCAUGCGUCUGGAGAAGCUUUACGAACCUUUAUUUAUGGCUUUUAUUUUUACAAGAUUGUUGUGGACAAAGAACCAGACCGAGUGGGCAUGCAGCAGCCUGCGAUGUGGCACACAGCUGCUAUGGAUGACUUCUCCGCUUUCCAGAGGAAAUGGUUUGAGGUGGCAUUUGUGGCAGAAGAGCUCCUGCACUCGGAAAUCCCAGCGUUUUUCCUGCCCUGGCUGCCCAGCCGCCCAGCCUCCUAUGCAAGUAGGCACAGUUCCUUUAGCCGCAGUUUCGGAGGACGGAGCCAGGCAGCUGCACUAUUAGGUAGAUGCACAGCACAGGUGACAGCUGGGGAAGUUCAGGGGGAUAGUUUGAAAGGGGAAGAGCAGCCAGCCAAGGGUAUGAUCUCACGUGGACCAGCAAUAAAGCUGCAAAUUUCAUGCUGGCCUUACCUGUGUCUUGCAUGGGGACUUGUUCUCAUAUGCUGGAGGUAUGUUUCACUGGCUGAGUCAGGCAAUUUUUGCUUCUGAGUACUGGAAUACGGUAAAAAUUAUUCUUCAGAUAUUCCUUGUUCCUGAACCUCCCCCCCAUGCCAUCCUCUAGAAUUCAGAGAGGAAAAUACUGACUCAGUCUCCUUGCAGAUCCAGAGACUCUUUACAACCUGUGAUGAGCAUGGAGGGAUAAGUUAUGAGAAUAACAGAGCAACCAAACUGUACUUAAAAAGGCAUGUCUAAUUGCUAUUUAAUGGCAAAAGCCACAGUGAGAUCCAGAUACGUUAGAAGUUUUCUGUGAUGUGCUGGAGGCUUCUCGGUGAACGUGAACUGUGUAUUGCCAGACUCCUUAUAUUAAAGUCUGGGAAGCCCAGCUACAAAUGAUCCCUGCAGCAUGGAAGCAGUAGGGUUUGUGUAUGGAAGAUCUUGCUGCUGGGCGAGAUACCAUUGUAAUAUCUAAAGUUCUGUAAUGUGUGUAGUAUAACACUGACUACCACUAACAGCCCGUGAAACAUACUGGCUGCGUGAUUGACUCUGUUGCUUUGUCAGCUUUUUGUUGCAUUUCCAGGCCAGCCUGAGUCACUUGCUUUUGCUGUUUAAAAUUACAAGAAAAAUCAUUGCUAUGGAACUGCAACUUCAGUUUUAUUUAGAUGCAUCUUUUAAAGGCCUACCAAUUACGGAUAAAAAGAAAAUUCUGCUGUUGUCCGUUUUGUGUAUUUGACCUUCUGAAGAGAAGUUACUUACUGUUGGUGUAGUAUCUCUUAAACCUGAAGUUACAGUAAUCCUUGUGUAUUUCUGAAAGCCUUGUUUGCAGAGGAACAGCAUCAGAAAUGGGAAAAUGUUAAGGAUAGGAAGUCUGAACUAAUGGUUAAUUCCCUGAAGCAAACAUAUGCAGGAUAUUUUUCCCUGUCACAUGAUAAAAUCUGUUGCCUUGGCUAGUAUCCAGCUUCAUUAGCUCAAUGAUUGGCCAGAGCUGAAGCCUGAAUGUAGCCUGGCAUGAAAGUAUUGUGAAGGCUGUGGAGGUACUUGGGCCAGAUCCUGUUCCUGCUUUGAUCUCUUACUCACUAUUUAGCCCAAGAAAACCACUUCACUUUUCUAUGUCUGUCUUCUGUGAGAUGAGAAGACUGAUACUCAAUAAGCUUGCACCUGGGGAAAUGGGCAAAGACAGAAGGGUGCUUUUUAGUGCCCCUCUCACCUUUUUUCUUUAAUGCCAGCCAAGAAGGAGUGUAUUCCCUCAGCAUAUGAUGUACUUACAAACCUGUUUAGCCCUCCUUUUUCAUUUCAGUUGGAAUUAUGUCCAUUCUGCUAUUUGGCUAAUUUGCAGUCCUUGGAUGAAUGAAAAAUGCCUCCAGAUUGCUCACAUGCAGUCUGGUUAUUCCAGGAAUAAUAGUUUCUUGGAGAAAAAUCCAGUGUGGAACUCUUUUCUUAGAAAGGAACUGGUUUAAUUGAUCUUUCUGUGCUGUCCCUCUUCUAAACAGUAUUAAAAAAAAACAAAACAAAACCAAACUUAAGCAGUUCAUCUGAGGCAAGGAGCUUUACUAAACCCAGAUGACCUCUGGUCCACGUGACUUCAUUUGUUCCUCUCUUGGCUUUGAUUUGGUUGUGGUUUUUAUUUCUUCCCCUCCCCACCUUCCCUAAAUGUCAGGCUGUGACAUAAAAUUGCAUGCAAGCAUUGGGAGCUCUGGAACAAGCUCCAUGUAUCUCUAAAAUCUGUAUACCCCCCAAUUCCCCUGUCACUUGCCCAGUGAUUUUCCCCUUUCCCUUCCCAGUGGAAGUCUGACCUGUGAUAUACCUAAUCUUGUCCCUUUUGAUUUAUAGCAAUGCAUGCACUAGCAAUUGUAGUCACGUACAUAGCGUAGUUUGUGACUGGAGAAUAACCUGCCUGCUCCUCUCCGAUUUACUCAAUAAAUCAUUAGUUAAAUACUCAAUGGUACGAGACAAUUGGGAAGCAGGUGAGUCCUCUUAAAAUCAGAUCUACAGAUGCCAGAGUUUAUUCUAUUAAAAUUAAGUUGGUUUUGAUCCAAAGCUUCUGAAUUCAGACACAUGGAUAUUUUUCAUGAGUUUUUAAGGUCCUUUUGGUUAGCUCACACCUGGCUGGACUGUGUUCCUGUUGCUUUGCCUGUGAAUUACAGCUGCAGGCGAGGUGGAGAGAGAAGCUCCAGCCCUAAUGUGAAGCCUGAAUUAUCUGGAAAAAGAAACAGUCUAAGGGAGCAGGUAGCUCAUUCUUCACAGUGUGCUAGUUUGGGCACACUGGACUGUGGUGUUAUCGCUGACCUCUUAACUAAUGACCAACAUCUACCUGACUGAGCUGCUUUCGCUUUACAGAUUUUGGGAUGUUGUUUUCCAACAUACUUUGUUACAAAACUGGCACCAUAACCUUCUAACCACAAGCAUUGCAUUCACAGUGAUAUUCCACUGAAAAGAGCAAGAAAAAAAACCUCAGAAGAUGUUGGUCUGUCUGACAAUACCAGACCAACUCAGAAAUUGCAGAUGAUACAUUUCCCAAAGACAAAAAUGGAUCUUAUUUACAAAACAAAACUG